CGUACAUUUCUGAGAUUUGCCGCAGGGAAAAAUCCUGAAGGAUGUCCGCAGGUUCCAACAAAUCCUCCUAACUAGCUGAUUUCUUAGAUUUCCCGGUGCUUCCUGUCACCAGCUUCUCCACUUUGCUGUGAGGAGUGGACCAGUUGGGGACUGUCCAGGAGUUGGUGACUGACAGAUACCUGGGCAUCUUUUGCCAAGUUUCAGGGAAAAAACAAGGUAGAGAAUCGAGUGUCAGCUGUCCAGGUACUGGGCGGCAAAGCCGAUGACUUCCCCUAACAUAUUCAUCUGUGCUUUCAGCAGAGGCAGUGUGCAAAAAUGAAGAGCGCCGUGGAGCCCAGCCGAGGAUGUGGCCAUUGCCGUGGGUGGAGGGGUCUGUGAGGAACGGAGGCCGUCACUGGAGAAUUGACAACCUCACAAGGAAAAAGAAUGUUUUCGCACUGGAUGGAAGAUUUACAACAACAUCAAAAAGAGCAAAACCUUUUCUAUAUGAGGGCAUAAGCACUUGCCUUCUACACAAUGUUGCGAGUUAAUAUCUUUGUCUCAGGGGUAUAAUUUUUCUUCUCAAUCUUUACCGCUAUUUCCAGGAUUGCAAAGACUGUUUUCAAAAACUGUGUCUAAAGUCUCAAAUGCCCGAGUCAUCUCCAUGUGUGGAUGGACAGGGGAGAGGUGAGGGGAGUCAUACUGGGGGAUGAGAAAGUUAUUGCCUUUCAAACGCCAGUGUGUAACCUAAAUCAAAGUUUUAAAAAAGCUUCAGAACUAUAAUGCCUUUAAAAAAAACUUGAAUGCUGCUGGGAAAGUUGAAGCAAAAUGAAUUUAAUUACUGAAUCACUGGUGGUAAUUAAAAAACAACUUAUCUGUAAUAAACUAUAUUGAUAGAUUUUUCCAAUGCAAAGGUAUAGGACUUAUGAAACGCAAAUGAUUAGAAGUGUAGGUUAGAUUUAGAAAGGAAAUCCGAAUAGAAAUGAUUCCCUUCCACGGAUAACAAUAUUUGAUGUUAAAUUUGGUUCUUUUACUACUCAAGCAAUCAACAUAUAUAAAAUAAAGUUAGAGUAAACUAUAUUUUUCAUCACAAAAGUGCCUUUUAAUUUGUAAAACAUCAAGUCACACCAUGUUCUACUACAAGCAUUAAUAAAUUGCUUAUGUUAUGAAUUAUGUUUAGAAAAAUGUGCUUGUCCACGUUUUCAGAAGCUGAGCUAUCAGAGUAGCAAAUGAUUUUUAAAUGGAUAUUUAGAACACAUUAGGGUGAGUGUUAUGUUUAGAGCUUGGGUAUUCUUACCGAAGAUCAUUCAGUUUAAGAUUCAACAGCACACACAAUCUCUGGGAAAUGUGUGUCCUCAACAAGAGCCUGCUUGGGCAUCCUUUCCUUAUACUUAGGAAGAAAAAUCCAGUCUGGGACAUCCGGGUCCCCGAGAGGCACCUCCUCUGUGGUUCACAGGGAGACCACUCAGUUCCUGGGUUCAGAUCUUCCCUCGGUCACUUUUUCACUGCAAGAUCUUGGCAAGUUACUUAGCUUUUCUGUGCCUCAGUUUCUUCCUCAGUAAUUUGGGGAUAAUAGUCUCUUCAUAGAUUUGCUGGAGGAUUAAACUAGUUUAUGUAAAGCUCUGGAACAGUUUAUGAUGGGCACGUAGUAAAUCUUCAAUAGACAUGAACAAUGAUUAUUAUUGACGUUGGAAAGCUCUCUUUCUAAAGGUUUGGCAUGAAUCAAUGUCUUUUGAGUACACUCAGACUCUGCAGCAGAGCGAAGCAUUUUCAGUGAACAGUCAAAAUUAUUUAGAUAAAGUAACUUCUCUUCAAUGCCUUGGCAUCAACUGUUCAAAAAUAAAAUAAAAAGACAAAGGGGAAAAAUUCCUGGCAAAGAGACAAGUUUUGAGAAUUGUUUUAAAGCAGUCAUUGUAUUCAGGUGGCUUACUAUAAACAGGGAGGGAGGUAAGGAGGAAAUCAGAGCCCAUUGUGGGUCCAUAAAAUGGAUGUCUUUUCAACUAAACAGAUUGCUAUCAGCCUCACAGAGCCGACUCAUGUUCCUUUUUGCCUGGUCAUUUCCUUUACCGAGUGUCUGUAAGAACCACCCACUCGGGUGUUUCUCAGGAUUAUAGGUUUUUUAGGUCAAACAGAAACCCUGGGAGCGCCCAACGCAGCCCCACACACGCGGUUACAUUAUGCACCGGCUGGGUGACAUCGAGCCUGCCGCUGUGGUGUGUCCUGGAAGCUGUUGUGCCUGAUUUGCAGAGAUUCUCUCAGAGUGUGGCCAGCGGCGACCAGCAGCACAGGGUAAGAGCGCGGCUCUGAAAUCCUGAAGCCUUCCUGGUGGGCUGAAGGCUGCACGUGGGAAUCCCUCCAUUCAUUUCAGAAGCUGAACCAGUGGGCCCUGCUCGCGUGCAUCCUUUGUCAUCCUCGGCCCCCAUGAUGGACGAGACCCGGGAGCCUCCGGCCAUGACUGUCCACCUCCUGGCCACCUCCGGGCAUGGCUCGCUUCUGCAGCAAACCCUGGACCAGCUCCUGGACUGCAUUUGCCCAGAGGUCCGUGUCUUUCUGGUGUCUGAGCGGGUCAGUCCAGUGAAAUACUAUGACAAAUGCCACUCCAAGCGGUCCCGCUUCCCGGGGAUGUCUGUUCUGCUCUUCCUGCACGAAAGCCUCGGAGAGGAGCGGCUGUUUCGCGUCCUCGACUCCCUACAGCAUUGGCCGUGGCAGUGCUACCCCACCCAGAAUGCGCAGGGAAGACCGUGCCCCUAUAUUCUCGCCAAUCAGGAAUUCUAUAGUCUGGACAACCAGAUGCCCGUCUGGGGCGUGAGGCAGGUGCACUGCGGCACCGAGAUCCUGAGAGUGACGCUCUACUGCAGUUUUGGUAACUACGAGGAUGCCAUCAGGCUCUACGAGAUGAUCCUGCAGAGGGAAGCCACCUUGCAGAAGAGCAGCUUCUGUUUCUUCGCGCUCUACUCCACCGAGAGCUUUGCCCUGCAGCUCUCACUGAAGCAGCUGCCCCCUGGAGUGUCGGUGGACCCCAAAGAGGCUUCAGUGUUGCAGUUCAAGGUUCAAGAGAUUGGCCAGUUAGUGCCUCUUCUACCCCAUCCGUGCGUCCCCAUCAGCCACACCCGGUGGCAAACACAGGACUAUGACGGCAACAAGAUUCUGCUUCAGGUCCAGUUGAAUCCAGGACUUGGUGUUAGGAAUGGUGAGCUUGCCUUUCUGAAUGGCACCUCGGGAGCUGACACGCUCCCCCAGGGCUCCAGGCUGACCCCUGUCUCUGCGAUUAGGACCCUAGAGCCGAGAAGCCGAAGGAGCCGGGGCAGGAGGUUCAAGGUGGGGUCGGUGGAGUGGCCUGAGCCUGGUGGGCGGACAGCGUCAGACAGCGCUAGUGGCACUUCGUGGAAAAGCCCUGGCCGCUCAGCCCAGCCCAGCAGCCCAGCUACGGACUCCCAGCUGCCUCUGCCUUCUCUCCACCUCGAACCCGGGGCCAGAAUAGAGGUCCUCAGAUGGGAAAACAGCUUUGAGAAGCAAGAGGCAGAGACGAAUGUUGACACAGGAUUCACCGUGGUCAGCUCUGGACCCAGGCAAUCUUUUCUGAGCAGAUUUCCAAGGGAUCUUUGGACCCACCAGCCACCAUCCUGCUUGUCAACCUCUUCCUUAGGGGCAGCUGCUUCCAAAAACAACAGAAUCUUUAAGGAAAGCGUUCAUCCUCUGUCACUUGCUGACCAAAGGGACCUUUGUUCCAGGACGAUAAUCUCAAAAUGUACCCUUCCUCUGCCAGUCCAGGGUGAAGAAAAAGAUACAGAAGAAGAAUUCUUUAUAUAGCAUAAAACAACUGUGGUUUUCUAAAACACAAAAUCAAAUAGAAUGUUCUAGAAAUGGAGCACUGACCCAGAAUCAGCCUGUUUCUUGUUCAUCUGAGGGGCUCUAAAUGCUAGCCAUGCACAGAUCUGUAUCACUUUUAUUUCAAAUGUUCAAAGUCUAGCAGUGCUGGUGAGUGGUUGUUUAUUUGCCGUCAUGGUCAUAAGGGAAUGCAGCCAACACACAGGGAAAAAGCCCAAUGCCUCACGUCCUUGGAGACACACUAACACAGCUGGGUGUGUUGAGUUCAGUACCUAUCAGGAUAAUUGCAUUAUAUGCAAAUAAGUCGGAUGUGUUAUGCAAUGCUGAUUAGAGUCUGUAAUUUAGUUUUAACUUUUACUUGCAUUGCAUUGUUCAUCCCCCUGGGCAGCAUGGGCUAUUUAUUCUUUAGUGUUUUUUAGUUUUUAUGUGACCUCAUUUGGUAACUAGGCCCUGUUCACCACUCACCUCUAGUGACUUUUGCCUUUAAAGUUGUUUGCAUCUGGAAUGAGUUAACAUGCAAAGUGUUUUGAACAUUACAAACAUUUCUCUUUUUCUCCUGUUUAAUGAGCAGCAACCCUGGAAACCAAAAAAAUCAAGUUAAAAAUGAAAGCUAGGCUCUAGGGGGUUUUCCGACUCCUCCAUUUCUUGUUUGUUUCCGCGCUACCCCAGUGGGGCCCAUGGUUCAUAUAAUUAAGCAGAGAGGAGUGGAAUGUGAUUGGAUGAUUUGAGAUCUCCACUGAGUGUGGCAGGAAGAUUGCAUUGGUUGGGUCACUGGAGCAGGACUUGGGUUUUUUUGGCCAUGUUCAAAUUCCCGAAUUCCUUUGCAGUACUCAUUCAUUUAUUCAUUCAUUUAUAUGUCCAUUCGUGCAACACAGUGUACAAAUACUUACCUUUGAAUAAGACAUUGGUAUACGGUACACAUACAUUCUGUGGCCAUCAAACCCAAAACUUAUUUAUGGUUUCCCUGUAUCACAACUCCAUUCUAUCACUUCUUAAGAACAGGUGGAAGUUCAAACUUAUUUCUCUGGGAAACUUUCCCACAGCUGAUUACCACACUUGCUGCACGGGCUGUGGUAAGAAUUCACAGCGUGUGGAUGGAGAUUGGGCGUAUUAUGAAUUGCAAUUAUAAUCAUAAUGGAUGAAUUCUUAGUUGCUCAUAUGAUGUAUUAUUUGGUUGGCUCUAUACACACAUUUUUAAAAAAUCUGAGGGCUGUGUGUUUCAGUUAAUUUACAAGGUUAUUUGACUCCAAGAACUCCAUUUUCCAGAACAGAUGUUAUGUGACUAUAAGUGCUGAUUUAGCCGGGUCUUUUGGAGACCCCUAUACUGAGUAGACCUAAUUGGAGAGAAGGAUGAGUUCAGGCUUAAGCAUGAAUCUCAUGGCAGCAAGACUGGACUGAGUUUGUGUGCUCUGUCCCCCUAAAAGAGUAGAAAUGGAAGAGAGCUGCAAAUGACGAAGACAAGACUUCUAAACGGAAUUCUGUCCUUAUACUAUCAGUAUAUUCUUAUCCCCAUGUUCUUUCUUUCCCUCAGAUUAAAGUUAGAUCUUAGAAUGUGGAAUGAAGAACUUACUUUUGGUAUGGUUUUCUAUAAUAAGAGUUAAAAAAAAUGAAAGUCUUAUUUAAGUUGAAUUAUUGAGCUGCUUUGAAAAGCACAGCAGGCGGUUUUGAAGUUUCUUUCCGACUUUUUUGAGGUUAUCUAAUUCCUUUAACAUAAUACAUAGGUAGGAAUAUAAGUACAUGGAAAGCAUAAAGAAUAGUGAGGAAUCUGAAUGAGUAACUUACAAAAGUGACUUGUAAAAUAAGACUGUACUCUUUUUUUUUUUUUUUUCUUUUUGCUGUAUGCGGGCCUCUCACUGCUGUGGCCUCUCC